GCCCAGAAAAAUUGGUGAAAUCCAAGUGGACGGACAUAUAAACUUUUCUUCUCGACGGCCCGGAAUUCUUCUAUUCGUUGUGACCCGGUGGGACGAAAUCGGACACUUUUAUUUUAUUUUAAUUCCGGAAUUCUAAAACUAAAUUGACACUCGGAUAUGUUGCGACAUUUAGUUUAAGUGACGGUGUGGCAUAUUUCAGUGUUGGCCCAGCAAUUGGCUGGAAGUAGUGAAUCUUCUCCUGCCCGUCGUCGCUGUGAAUUGUUUGUGUGUUUGUCUAUACUGCUGGGCGGAUGUCAUUUGCAUAUCGCACUUGGCCGGACAGAGAAUGAUGCCGUGCCGAAUCACUUGCGGCCGCCACUGCAGUUGAUUUUCCGUUUCAACAACAACAACAGACCAGAGAGAGACGGACCGAAACAUUUUCCAGCCCAGCAAAGCAUCAGAGCUUAUAGAGAAACUUUCCCGGCUGGUUGGUUUACGUCGUCAGCUGCUCUUCACACUCGACUAAACUUCGCUCUUCCAAAAGUGUCAUUUCCAUUUGGCCGAUCCCCUCCCCUUUGCUCUUGCCCGUCGUGUCCUACACUCCCGCAAAACACCCGCAACUUUUUCGUUCAAUUUUAUUACAUUUCCAUCACAACGUGGAAACCCGACCAGACUGUGUCAUAGAUAUCGGCUCUAUAAUAGAGAGAGAGAAAAAGAUAUUUUUCGAUGAGAGUGAAAGUGAACCGGGCCAGCUGGUGAGGUACGCAAAAGAGCAUUAGAGACCCCCCAGCAGCAGCAGCGCACGAGAUUCAAUUUCGUUUCUUCCUAUUUUCUUUUUUCCCAUAUCGAAGGAUUUUGAUCUUUUUUAUUUUUACAUUUUUUUUUUCGAUCGACUUUGUGCGACUUCAAUGGUCGGCCAACGAGUUCCGACAAUCACUUUGCCCGCAGCAUCGUCGUUCGGAUUCACAAAGUGCUGCUGCCGCUCCUCCUGGUGAAUAAUAUCUAACCGGAAUUUCGUCACAGUUUGUUCUGCUGCUGGUGGUGGCGGAUCGAAGAAAAUCAACUUUUGUUCGCUGGCUGGAAGGAUGUCGAUUUUCUACCUAUCGGUUUGGCAGCUUCUCUUUCACGGUUCGUUAGCGCUGCGGAUCAUUGGCGUCGUGGUGCCGUCGGAGGUGGUGGCCGGCCGGGACGCCCUUCUUCAGUGUCAUUACGAUCUGGAGGGCAGCUCCUUGUACGCCCUCAAAUGGUACAAAGGAUCGCACGAAUUCUAUCGGUUCAUCCUGAAAGAAGUGCCGCCCGUCCAGACUUUCCCCUGGUCCAGUAUCACCAUCCACCAUGAGGAAACUCGCAGCCGGUUGUUCGCAGCUCCGCUGGCCGGUAGGGUCCUGCUAAGGAACGUCACAGCGGCAGCCGAAGGCGUUUACAAAUGCGAAGUCUCAACGGAGGCUCCUUACUUCGACACGGAUUACGAGGAGGCUAAUCUCUCCGUCGUCGAAGUGACAAGCGAGAAUCCGAUUAUCAGCUGGUUGCAGGGCCGGCUCGAUUGGGAGUACGACGACGUCUUCCAUUUCAAGUGCUCCAUGAACGGCACCCGCCCGGCUAGUCAACUCUCCUGGCUCCUCAACGGCCAACCAGUUCCAUCAUCCAUGAUCGAACCCUACGAUCCAGUGCUCAUUAAAAGCGACUUGACAUCUUCGGCGUCGGUGGCGUCGGGUUAUUCCGGCCCGGCCCGGUUGCUGUACAGCGCCCAGCUGGGACUGCGCUUCAAGAUGCAGCCGCAUCUUUUCCUGUCGCCGACGGGCUCAUCCGAUCAGUUGGAGUUGACGUGCGUCAGCCGAGUGGGUGGACUCCGCAAGGGCGGCGAUGUCCUUGUCGAAGGCCGGGCCAAGUGGAUUAUUCGCCAUCCGGCCAAAGAUGACGACGACGGCCUCGGUGGUGGCAGUUCUUCCAGCAGCGGAAUUAGGCGGCAGGCCGCUCAAACUGUCGAUAACUGGGCCGGCAUCAGCAGCCGGGAUGACGACGUUGAUUACGACGAUGAUGUCGACGUCGAUCAAUUGGGCGGAGUCGGUGGAAGGAGGAGCAAAGAGAAAAUCCUACCAAAAGGAAAGGAAAACGACGACGUGGAAGAUGAUGAAGAUGAAGAUGCUCAAUCCAUUUCCGAUUCCGAGAACCCGUCCCGUCGGACUCAGCCCGUCGUCGGAUCGCAUCCAGGUCGAGUCAAUAACAAAAGCAGUGCCAUCAACAGUAGUAACAAGACGACUGGAGGGCCGGCAGCACUCGUCGGACUCCAGCACGUCUUCCUUCUCUCGGCCGGCAGUUUGACGAUCCUCAUUUUACGCUCCGUUGCCGUCGGCUUUUGAUGUUUUCCUUUACCCUAUUCCUUUUCCCACCCACCCACUACCGUUUGAUAAUAUCUCUCAUCUUUUUGCGGUUUUGAUUUACCCCCCCCCCCCCCUCGAUUUUUGUAACGUAUACAUAUAACAAUACAAUCUAUAUAUAUAUAUCUAUAUAUAAUGAGAUAUCAAUCUCUCUGUCGUCUACUCGUUUGUGUGUCGAGAUAACAAAAAACAGCCAUACAUAUUACAUAUACCUAUUGCGCCAUAUGCAACGUGAUUGGAUUUUUCUUUGAUAUGUUUGUGAUGCGGUUACCCCGCCCCGGGGGACAAAUGAAAAGAAAGCGCCGAAAGAAAGGAAAUCAAUGAAACGAUAUACUAUUAUUACAAUUAAAAAGAUAAAAGAAUAAAAAAGAAAACAUUGAACAAAUACAUGUCAAUUUAUUUGC